AUGCAAGACCAGCUGCCAACGCAACUCUACACAACGAUUGACAGGUUCGUGCUUGAGUCAGGAGGUUCUGACCAACGCAACCGUGGCCUCACCGUCAAGGGUCAACUUAACACUCAGCGAACCAACGCCGUCGUCAUCUGCCACGCCCUUUCCAGCAGUGCUGAUGUUAAGGACUGGUGGUCACUACUUUUAUCACGCCCUAAGAACCCAGUCCUCGAUCCCGACAGAUUCUGCAUCAUGUGCUGCAAUUCUUUAGGGACCCCCUGUGGCUCAUCGAGCCCGCUAUCUGUAAGGCCAGGCACUGCAUCUUAUUAUGGACACCCGUUCCCGAAGACAACCAUUCGUAACGAUGUCCGCGAGAGCCAGCUAGCAACCAUAAAGCCCGAUUCCAAGUUUCGUGGUGGGCGCUAUGGUGGCGAUCCUCCUCGAGAUGGUCUCGCGGCUGCGCGUAUGGCAGCCAUGAUAUCGUACCGGACACACUCAUCUUUCGAAAAGCGAUUCGGAAGACGCCGGCUGGAGACUUGCACAACACCCAACAGAAUGCUCUCGAAAGUCAGCGGCACCCGCAACGGCACCCGUGCGCCAUUCGCGGUCGAUGUGCAGCGCGCAGAGCGAGACGAUGGGCACUACGACAACUCGGGCAUAUUCUUGGCGCAGAGCUAUCUGCGUUACCAAGGAGAAAAGUUCAAUGCUCGCUUCGACGCCAACUGCUAUCUCCACAUCCUGGACAAGAUCGACUCCCAUGACAUCGCCCGCGUCCGGUACCCGAGUCUUUCGGACGACGAAGCCAUACUCAAAGUCCUCAGUCAGAUUCGAAAGCCCACAUUGAUUGUCGGGGUCCCGACAGAUGGCCUCUACCCACCAUCUGAGCAAAUAUUUCUGUCCCAGGGCCUGAAGAAUGCAACUUUCGCAACGCUUCAGAGCGAUGGUGGGCAUGAUGCGUUCCUCAUCCAAGACGAGCAACUUAAUGAAUUGUUGCGCUCAUUCUUCGGUUCGGACCCUGACCUAUAAGCAUGCAUAGCGUAUAUAUUCCACUUGUGGUAAUCGAAUAAAACUUGUACUGCAGUCGACUAGACUGCAGAAAGUAUUGUUUUGGGGGCGGUGUAUAUCGUGAACGUGGUGAUAAAAGCAGCCGUCUGUAUAGUUUUGAAGUUCAAAAUGCGAAAAUUGCCAUACACC